AUGUUGCUACGUAUCCCCUUGACAAAGGUUCAGCCCCGGCUGGCGCUGGCCUUCACAUGCAAGGUGUGCAACACUCGCGUGCAGAAGCUGAUCUCGCGGCUAUCAUACGAACGCGGUGUGGUCAUCGUCGAGUGUGACGGCUGCCGCAACCGACACCUCAUCGCCGACCAUCUCGGCUGGUUUAAACACAUCCAGGGCCGGACGGUGGAAGAGAUCCUGGCACAGAAGGGUGAAAAAGUGACGCGGGUGGCGUUCGAACAGGGUGCGUUCGAAGUGGUACCGCCUCAGGAGAGUGAUAUGGACGCAACUGUCGUGCCGCCCGCUCCGGCGUCGGAGACUGAGAGGUAG